CACUUGUUAGUUUGACGUUUUGGGAAAUUUAUUUGUUUACAAUAUUAUUUGAAUAAUAAAAAAUUUUCAGUUCUACUCAAAAUAAGGAAUUAUUAUCAAAAUGAUUAUUUAAAAAUGUUAUCAACACCCAUGACGGUGGAUUUUAGGAUUUUCGUGACAGCAAACAAUGGUUUUAGUAUGAAACAACAGUAGGAACCCCAAUGAACAGCUUCUUGAAAUCAACGUUUCUUAAGAUAUUUAGGAUAUUUGAAGUGAAAAAGCCCAAUAUAAUGAAAAACCUGGCUGUAUUUGACUUUGACCAUACCAUAAUUGAUGAUAAUUCUGACACAGCAAUUAUGAAACUAGUAAACAAGAGCAAAUAUCCCCCUGAACUGAAGGAACUCCACAAAUCUGAAGGCUGGACCUGUUUUAUGCAAGGGGUUUUUGAUGUCCUACAUGAGAAUAAUAUUACUGAAGCCGAUAUUGCCAUGCUCAUAAAGAAAUUACCUGAAGUAGAGGGGAUUAAAUCUCUGAUAACCGAGUUACAUGAUAAUAUGGACUAUGAUGUAAUUGUUAUUAGUGACUCAAACACCUUUUUUAUUGACAUGUGGCUCAAAGCAAAUCAACUUAGUGGUAAAGUGCUCAAAGUGUUUUCAAACCCUGCAGAGUUUGACGAGAAUGGUCGACUGAGUAUUAAAAUGUACCAUAAUCAAGACUCUUGCAUUUUAAGCACAAGGAAUUUAUGCAAAGGGAUGAUCUUGGACGAUUUUAUAGAGCAACAAAACCAAAGGGGCAUUUUUUAUAAAAAAGUUGUUUAUAUUGGAGAUGGACAUAAUGACUUUUGCCCCAUUUUGAGACUGAAUGAAAAAGGUGUGGCAUGCUGCAGGGAAAAGUACAAAUGUGUUGAUUUAGUGAGAAGGGUGCGAAAUGGGAAAAAAAUCAGCGAGUCUGAUCAGACAGAGUAUGUGGUCAAGGCUGAUGUUUGUGUGUGGCAAAAUGGACAAAACAUAUUGGACUUUCUAAGAAAAUGAAAUUGGUCUUCCGUAUUCUCUGUGAUAUUAUCAAAUAAAGGGUUUUUGUAACUAA